AUGGGCCACAGCUUGACAACUAUUAGUCGUGGAAGAUGGCGAUCGUUCAGCAACAACCAGUCCGCAAGUCGCCACCAAGACCGCAGAGCCAAAGGCCCAGCAAGACACGUUACAAUGCACAACACACUGCAGCCUCCACCGCCGUCAGCGCCCCCCAUGACCAAUGGCUCGUCGUUUCUGCGCAAGUCUGGCCAUCUGUACAAGAAGACGGGCCUGGGUCGGUCCUGGCGUCCGCGCUUCUUCUCGCUCGAGGGCACAGUACUCUAUUACUACAAACGCGAAGGUGACUCGGUGCCCAAAGGCAUCGUGGUGCUCACAGGCUGCCACAUUCGCGCUACCAAGGACAAGAAGCUCUACAGUUUCCGCAUCUCGCACCCAAAGACCUCCAAGGUCUACGAUCUAGCUGCCACACUGCCCAGUCGCACUGAGGACUGGAUCCAUGCACUCACACAGGCGUCCACCAUGGCGCAGACCGCCAGUUCCAUUCGACAGCUCACGUCCACCACGUCCAGUAGCGAUGUGCUGCUGCCUUUGUUUUCAUCCCACUCGAUGCUCGUGGAUCCAUCCGUGACGGAGCUCCUGAAGGCCCCAGGGGCGGCUAUUCCGGACGAACAUCGCGACAGUAUGGAAGGAUUAUUGGCCGAGUUCGUGACGCAAGCACGAGACGAUGCAGACGGAUGGAAGUUCCAGACUGAGCAACGAGACGUCAAGGCCUACGUGCGUCAUGCUUCGAAGGUCGGAACCUUCAAGGGAGUGGGUUUUAUCGCUCAUCACCCACACAAAGUACUCCAAUUGAUUCUGGAACUAUCAAAACGACCCACAUACGACCCACAGUUGCUUGCCACCCAACGUGUGCACGUCUUCAACGACCACACAUGGGUGGAUCAUUUGACCUACAAGGCCGUCUUCCCAGCGGCAGGUCGAGACUUGGUCAACUUGACCCACUGGCGUGUCCUUCGAGACGGGUCGAUUGUCGUUGUGGCCACUUCCGUUGAAGACGACAGCUUCGUCAAGAGCCAGGAGCCCCAGAUCGUUCGUGCAAGAGCUGUCAUGGCUGGGUUCUUACUUACACCUAGUAAAGACUACGCAGGCGUGGACGCCACAUACAUCACCAAAGUGGAUUUGAAGGCAGGAAUCCCUGCCGGUCUCCAGGCCAAGAUGCUCAUCAAACAAGCAUUCGUGGUCGACGGACUGCGUAAAGCUCUGGAUGAGGACGAGAGUCCUCGGCAGUGGGAGCGUGUCACAAACGCCACCUUGUUCGGGAUCUCCACGACUGAUUGCGUGGAAGACGAGGAAGAAGUUUACUCGAUGCGAUCGCAGUCGGCAGAUGUCCAUGAUCAGGAGGACCACACUGAGUCUUUGUCUGGUCAUCGUCCCAGCGUCGUUCCUGAAGAAGGAUUCCCUGCCGUCCCAGAAGAGUAUAGCGAGAUUAUUGAGAAGGCUGUGGCUCGAAUGGAAGCUGAGAUGAACGAUGAAGCGUCCUGGAACUUCAUCGGAGACAAAGACGGGGUCAAGGCCUACACCAAGGUGGAUGGCUCACUGACCGCUGCUAAAGGUGUAGGCUAUUUGCCGUAUCAUCCGCGUGCCAUCUGGGAGCAAGUGGCUGACGCCGCCAAGAGGAAGCUCGUGGACCCUCAACUCGCACUGGGUAUGAACUUGAAGUCCUUGGACGCGCAGACCAACAUCGACUACCUCGAGUACAAGUCCAUGUUCGUGGUUGCUGGCCGAGAUUUCUGUAACCUUGCGCAUUGGCGUGUGCUGCCUGGUGGGACGAUCAUUGUGGUGGUGCAAAGUAUCGAAGAUCACGAGUUGUGUCCUCUUAAAGAGCCUAAGGUUGUGCGUGGUGACCUGCAUCUGGGCUGUACCAAGAUUGUGCCCAACGCAGCGUACGACGGUGCCAAGGUGACCACGAUGGUCAAGACAGAUCUCAAGGGCAACAUCCCAGCGCGCAUCGCUGGAAAGGCAGCAGCGGAUCAGCCGUUUGUCAUUUCUCGGAUGGGUGACGUGAUCAAGGCCAGACGAGACCUCGACCAGAUCGCAGCUCAAGGGAAGCUGACGAACACGCUGCUCGAGUUUCCCCAGACCCAGAAGCGAUCGUCCUCAUUGGGCUCGGCGAAGCUCGGCAGCCCUGUAGCCAAGAACGGAGUGAACCACCUGACUAACAGUACGCCACAGUUGGUUCGUACUGCGUCUCAGGUGGCUGCUAAGCCUUUGCAUGUGGACACGCUGUCAACCCCAAACGGGAAGGCUUCGUCUACGAAGGAGGUGCAGCAGGACAAGCCAAAAGCAACAGAGGCAGGUGACGUGAUGGAUCUUUCGAAAGCGGACAAGAAUACGAUCAGUGACGUGGCCAUGUACGCGAUUCAAUUCGGAGGCGCCGUAUUGGCCCUGAAAACUGUCGGUCUUCCUACCGCUGUGCACUUUGUCGCUGUGAUCCUGCUGAUCCUGUUCUUCGCACUGAAACUCCAGCUUGGUCCAAGUCACAUGUCACCUCGAAGAAAAAUGAUGAUCUCUACGUUUGGACCUCCAGACAGCGGUAUGAUUCUCGGUACUCUUCAGUUGGACACAACCAAGACGAACCAGUACAUUGCAGAUCGACGAAAAGAUUCCAACUGCCACCUCACUAUCACGCACAUUGUUCUGCGUGCUCUUGGUGAGGUAUUGAGCAAGGCUCCGUCAGUGAAUGGCCACUUGGUCUUCGGUAAUUACUACCCGGCACCAACCGUGGACAUUUCUUGCCUGGUUGCAGUGGGUGCUGGAAAGGACUUGGGAGUUUGUCGACUACCGAAAAUCGACAAGAUGACGUUGCAGGAUGUGGUCGAUCACGUUCGUGGUGACGCCACCAAAAUCCGCAGUGGUCAGGACAAAGGACAGGAAGACCGGAACAAGAUCAUGAGUGCUUUGUCGACGUGGGUUCUCCGUCCGAUGGUCAACUUUUUGGGCUGGCUCGGUAGUGCUUGUGGCUUCCGAAUCCCUGUGGUGGGGGUGGAGCCGUAUAUGUUUGGAGCCUGCUUGGUGACGUCUGUCGGCUGUUGUCGUGGAUGGGAAAGUUGA